AAACCAGCAGGCGGCUCCGAUCUCGGGCUCGCUUCUCCGGCAGUCAAGACACAAGUAGUCCGACUUCUCCUCGUUGCGGCUGGACGGUGACAGCUCGGGUCGGCUCUCUUAUUUGUCGGAUUUUUUUUUUUGCAUCUUUUGGAUUUCAAUUUUUUCUUUUUCUUUCUUUUGGUAGCAGUGGCGGACUAUUGAUAACUUAUUUCUUCCAGUAUCACCGUAGCUGCAUGAACGCAUGAACGAAAAAGAGAAGCAGCAGUUGAGCAGAUACAGAAGGUACCAAACCCUGCCUGCUCUGACACCGUGACUCCACACAGACACACUGGCUGACAGACACUGAAAUAGAAGUUGGCAGAUAAACAGAUUGGAGGAAAGAGGGAGAAGCACAACCUCUCGUAGAGUGGUGGUCAGAGUGACAGAGGAGCACAUGAGGAGCGGAAACGGCGUGACUGCAACAUCCUGACCGGUAACCUUGCUUCUGCCCCCCCACCACGAGCACACCAACUCCAGAUUCGGGGCGUCAGAAGGAAGGAAACGUGCGACCACUCCUCCUGCAGGCAUGAGGUCCUUCCGUUCCUUUAGUAACGAUGACCGCCAUGUCAUGGCAAAGCACUCCACCAUCUACCCCUCCUCUCAGGAGCUGGAAGCCGUUCAGACGCUGGUGUCCACGGUCGAGUGCGCCCUCAAACACGUCUCUGAUUGGCUGGACCAGAGCAGCAGCGAUGUCCACAGCCAGGUCGAUGGCCAACCAGCAGACAGUACAGAGACGGACAAAACUGGCGAUGAGCCCAGCAAUGAAACUGAGGAUUCCACAGAAAGCUACAGAGAGCCCAGCAGUGGUGGCGUGCUGUGUGGGGUGAUGAGGAUCGGCCUCGUGGCCAAAGGCCUCCUGAUCAAAGGCGACAUGGACCUGGAGCUGGUGCUGAUGUGCAGAGACAAACCCACGCAGACACUGCUGGACACUGUCUGUCACAAUUUGCCCACACAGAUAGAGAAGCUGACAGAAGAGAAAUAUGAGGUCACAAGCUCCUUGCCCGAGGCGGCCAUCUUGGUACGAACUACAACAGACCCUAAACUCACGCUGACGAUUACCCUCACCUCGCCGACUAUGAGGGAAGAUGAGGAGGAAGAGGAGGAGGAGGAAGAAGAAGAGGAGGAGCUGGAGAAUGGGGAGGAAAGACAGGAGGACGAAGAAGAGGAGGAGAAAGUGGGUGAUGAGAAGGAGGAGCAGGAGAAGCAGAAUGGGCGAGUGUUGGGUGCUGCUGCGCAGAGAGUGGAGGCUGAGGAGGAGGAGGAGGAGGAGGAGGGGGAGGUGCUGGAUAGACACAGAUGUCUGUUGGCCCUGGCAGCGCUGCGACACGCCAAGUGGUUCCAGGCUCGAGUGAACGGGCUCAAGUCCUGCGUUAUCGUUCUCAGGAUACUUAGAGACAUGUGCAAUAGACACCCCGUCUGGGAACCUCUCAAGGGAUGGCCCUUAGAGCUCAUCUGCGAGAAGGCAAUUGCCACCUGCAACAGACCUCUCGGGGCUGGAGAAGCCCUGCGUCGAGUCAUGGAGUGUCUGGCCUCAGGCAUACUGCUACCAGGUGGUCCAGGUUUACACGACCCAUGUGAGAAAGAGCCAACAAACACACUCGCCAACAUGACCGACCAGCAGGCUGAGGCCAUUACCCACCGUGCACAGCAUUCUCUCAGACUCAUGGCGUUCGGACAAAUCUACAAGGUGUUGGAGAUGGAGCCUCUUCCCUCAAAUAAACCAUCGCAGAAAUAUCCUUGGUCUGAUAAAGAAGGCUUAGGUCUGAAGAGGCCAUACGAGGAUGGCUCCAUGGAUGACAAGGAUAUCAUCAAGAAGAUGAAGAGGAAUCUUAGGAAAGUCCUCGACAGUAAAGCCAUAGACUCCAACCAGCCAAUGAAUGCCCUGAUGCGGUUGAACCAGAUCCGGCCCGGGCUGCAGUAUCGCCUGCUGUCCCAGUCGGGCCCGGUUCACGCUCCAGUCUUCACCAUGUCCGUGGAUCUGGAUGGAACCAUUUAUGAAGCAUCUGGAUCCUCCAAGAAGACCGCCAAGCUCCACGUCGCUGUUAAGGUUCUCCAGGCGAUGGGCCACCCGACAGGUUUUGACUCAGACCUGGACCCCAUGAGUUCAGACGAGAAGUCGGAUGGCGAGGGGAAGAGCGAGACGUCGUCACACACAAGCAAUAACCCAAAACACUCCACGGACGGUUCAAACACACUGGAGGUGCGAACUCAGGGUCCCAUACUGACAGCGAGUGGGAAGAACCCCGUCAUGGAGCUCAACGAAAAGAGACGAGGCCUCAAAUAUGAACUCAUCUCUGAAAGUGGAGGCAGCCACGACAAACGCUUUGUUAUGGAGGUGGAGGUCGAUGGACAGAAGUUUCGUGGGGCAGGCCCCAACAAAAAAGUAGCAAAGGCCAGUGCUGCUCUGGCAGCUCUGGAGAAGCUCUUCUCUGGUCCAAACGCAGCUGCCAACAAGAAAAAGAAGAUAUUGCCUCAGACUAAAGGAGCCCUGGCCGCGGCAGCAGCAGCCUCAGCAGUAGCAGCUCAGGUAGCCAGAGGAAGAGGAAGAGCAGCCCUCGCAAGAGGAGCCUUCGUCAGUGCAGCUGCACCUGGAUAUGUCACUCCAGGCUUUGGGACACCGUAUGGCUACAGCCCUGCUGCAGCAGCUGCUCCUGCAUACGGUUUGCCAAAGAGAAUGCUUCUGUUGCCUGUCAUGAAAAUGCCUACCUACCCCGUCCCCCACUACCACUUCUUUUAGCACAGGAGAGACACAACACACACAACAAACGCUUUUUCAUCCAUACCAAACUCUUUUUUUCAGACCAUACAAUUUGCUUUUUUUUUAAGAAGGGAAACUUUUUUUCUACGAUAUCAAUGAUGGGGAGAGGAUUAAGGACUUGAGCUGAAGAUUUUUAAAAGCGAUAUUUUUGCUUUUUUGAUUUCUUCCUGUUCCAAAAACUUUUAUAAAUAUGAAAAAAAAUACUGCAGGUUUAAGUUCUUAAGAGAUUAACACUUGAAGGAUUUGUACUGUGAAUUGUGACCUCAUUCUUUGAGUCUAAACUAUAUAUAUAUAUAUGUAUAUAUAUAUAUAUACAUAUAUACAUCAAUAUAUAUAUAUAUAUAUAUAUAUAUAUAUACAUAUAUCAGUCUUUUGUUAUUGUGUUUAUUCUUUGCUAGGAAGAGGAGAGACUUUGCAAUAUGAUACACACAACACACACAUUCUCUGUAAAAAAGGAAAUAAUAAUGAGCUGUGUGAAGGAUGUAUAGAAAUAAAUAAAUAAUAAUGUUGACAAAUGAAUAAAGUUUAUCUCCUAUAAA